AGCAUCCAUGGCGAUGAAGAUGAAGACGAAGAAGGGAGGGACGGGGAGGAAGAAGAGGGACGAGAUGAAGCUCAUCGAGGACCCGGCCAAGCGGCAGGUGGCCUUCUCCAAGCGCCGCCCCACCCUCUUCGGCAUGGCCGGCGACCUCUCCGCGCUCUGCGGCGUCCACGUCGCCGUCGUCGUCUUCUCCCGCUCCGCGCGCGGCAACGCCUACGCCUUCGGCAGCCCCUCGGUCGACGCCGUCCUCCGACGCUGCCACCACCACGUCGGCGGCCAAGAUGAAGAUGCCGCUCUUGCCAUCGUCCAUGGCGACGAUGAUGAUGCUGGCGCUCUGGCGGCGUUGCGGCGGGAGCUGGACGACACCAAGGCGCGUGUGGAGGCGGAGAAGAAGCGCAUGAAGGCCGUGGAGGCCAACGUGGAGCUGGCCAUGGCGGCAAGGUCCACGGCGCUGUGGUGGCAGGCCGACGUCGAGGCGCUCGGGGCGGCGGAGCUGCCCGAGUUCGAGACGGCGCUCCGGCGGCUCAGGGACACACUCCUCCGCCGGGUCGACGCGCUGCAGCUGCCUCUAGCAGUCUUCGACGCCACUGCACCGCUGGCCUGCAUGAACAUCUAA